CUUUUUUAAUGAAUUAUUCAUUAGCAGAACACACGAGAUUUGGAGAAUUUUUAUAUCCGUAAUCAUCAUACUUAUCUGGAAAUUUCAAAAAGAGAGACUUGGAAAAGGUCCAAAAUCUGUCACCGGUAGUCGGCAAACAUUGUUUAAUUGACUCCAGACCCACCACCAUUACUCACUCAAUUCGCCGAUCAUACUAAUAGUUUCAGUAAGAAUAAUAAGAAACGAAGAGUAAUGUGGGGAUGGUGGUGGUUCUAUCUAAUUUCGUUUCCGUUGGCUUUGGGGAUGGUUAUGUUUACCCUCAACUAUUUUGCUAGCCCUCAUGUGAGUCGCUAUGUCUUAUUCACCGUUGGCUACACUUGGUUUUCUUCCAUCUCCAUCAUCAUUCUUGUUCCCGCUGAUAUCUCUUCUGCGAUUACUGGUCAUGACAAUGGAGCUAUUUCUUUCUUCUGGAGCUGGUCAUAUUGGAGUACUUUCUUGCUUACUUGGCUAGUUGUUCCCUUGAUACAGGGGUAUGAAGAUUCUGGAGAUUUUACUGUAAGAGAGAGACUAAAGACUAGCAUCCAUGUGAACUUAGUAUUCUAUCUAAUCUUGGGAUUUAUUGGGCUCGUUGGACUCAUUUUGCUUAUAAUGAUGCGCAAAGAUUGGAGCGGAGGUUUACUGGGUUUAGCCAUGGCAUGCUCAAAUACUUUUGGACUUGUUACUGGCGUGUUUCUUCUUGGUUUUGGUUUGAGUGAGAUUCCAAAAACCAUUUGGAGGAAUGCUGAUUGGACUACUCGCCAGAAGGUUCUUUCGCAUAAAGUUGCCAAAAUGGCUAUGAAGCUUGACGAGGCUCAUCAACAGUUGUCGAAUGCCAUAGUUGUAGCACAAGCAACAUCCAAACAAAUGUCCAGACGUGACCCAUUUAAGCCCUACAUGGAUGUUAUUGAUAACAUGAUUAAUCAAUUGUUACAUGAAGAUCCAUCCUUCAAACCACAAGGAGGCCGUGUUGGACAAAAUGAUAUGGAUUAUGAUGCAGACGAAAAAUCCAUGGCAACAUUGAGGCGUCAUUUAAGGGGAGUGCGUGAUGAAUAUUAUAGAUCUAAAAGCCAGUAUUUGACGUAUGUCAUUGAAGCCCUCAAAUUAGAAGACACAAUAAAGAGUUAUGAACGGCGCUAUGAGACUGGGUGGAAGUUUGUUUCAAGCUUCAGAAGUGAAAGGAGUGGCACUUUAGGAAGCUAUCUUGAUACAUUAGAAUUAACAUGGCGAUGCGUUGUGCGGGGGCAGCUUCAGAAACUCUUUGCUGUCCUUCUUGGUUGCAUGUCAGCAGCUAUUCUUUUGGCAGAGGCAACUCUCUUGCCCAGUGGUGUUGAUUUAUCUCUUUUCUCGAUUUUGAUAAACUCAGUAAGAACCGAAGACAUGCUUGUGCAGGUUAUUGCAUUUGUUCCACUGCUCUACAUGUGCAUUUGCACAUACUACUCACUAUUCCAAGUUGGUAUGCUGACAUUCUACUCAUUUACACCAAGACAGACUAGUUCUGUGAGCUUGCUUAUGAUAUGCUCGAUGGUUGCACGCUAUGCACCUCCCGUUUCCUUCAACUUCCUUAAUCUUAUUAGUCUUGAUGGUGUGAAAAUGACUGUCUUUGAAAAGCGGAUGGGAAAUAUUGACGAUGCCGUUCCUUUCUUUGGGAAAGGAUUCAACAAACUAUAUCCACUUAUCAUGGUCGUAUAUACUAUCCUAGUUGCAAGUGGUUUCUUUCACAAGAUAAUCAGUGUCAUUGGGAAGUGGAAAAGGAUUGCGCUGCAAAAUGAAGAAGAUGAUCUUGAUGGUAUUGAUCCAACAGGAUUAAUUAUCCUGAGAAAGGAACGUGCUUGGCUUGAACAAGGACACAAUAUUGGCGAAGAAGUCAUUGCUUUGGCAAGAAACUUUAAUGAUACAGACAUGGACAUAGAGUCUGGAAACAGUAACAUGGGGAGAGAUGCUAUUAAAAUGAAGCCAACAACAAGAAGCCUGUUAAAUGAAAAUAGCAAAGAAAGCUCAUCUAGGCACCAAAGAGAUGAGAUACGUAGAUAUAUUGGGACCAGAGAAGCCAUCAGCAGCAAAUAUGCUGCCAUCAGGGUCCAACAAUCUAGGCAAAUUUUAAAUACAAAGUCUGUAGACAACUUAGCCUCUGCUAAAGUCUCCUUGCUUGAUUCUGACAGCUCUUGGUCAGCUACCACUUCAGGAUCACCAUCUUCCAAAAUUUCAACAACAUGGUCAUCGAUGAAAUCUAGGCUUCAUAGUUUGAAGGAAAACAUCCAAGGCAAAAAGUACACUUCGUUGGAUCAAGUUGAUCAUUCUUCUGAUUCACUGGAUGAGAUCUUCCACAAACUGAAACGACCUGCAUUGGAGCAUGGAGAUGAAGAUGAAUUUGAUUAGGAUUUUGGGUAAGAUAUGAUACCGACAUGACUCUUUUUUAUGGAGCAUGAAAUAUCGGUCUUACACUUGCAGAAAUUGGAGACCAAAGACCAAUCAGUUAUAGUAAAAAUGUACAGUUCUUAUUCAUGCUUUCCAUGGUUUAGUAUACACUUUAUAUCCUAGUGUAAAAUUUUCAGGGUGAAAAAUCACAUCAUUUUCAUGUGAUAUUCACUCUGUAGCAAACUCAAGAUAUUUCCUGUUUCAUGAUUGUAGUAGUAGCAGUCAAUUUGUUGUUUUCGAGGUUAUUCUAGUUGAACUAUAUAGCGAUUCUUUGAUUUCUCGGUGA